AUGGCGGCGGAGCCGGGGCGCCAGUGGGCCCAGGCGGGGAUUGCGUAUAGCUCGAGUGAAGCACUGCGGCGCGGCGCCGGCCGCCGGCGAGACCCUGCGCCGCAGCCUAACGGGCCGGGUCCGGAAGUUGCCCGCAGCACGGGCCGGCUGGCUCGCCUGCGGGGCCAGCUCCGGGCGGAGGCAGCAGCACGAGCCGAGGCGCCGCGGCUGCUGCGGCUGGUGGAGCGCGCCGCAGCAGCGCCAGGGGACGGGGCAGGGCAGGGGCACGAGGAGCGGGCGGACGCGCGCAGCCAAGGCUCGGUGUGCUCGGUGUGCGGGGAGCCGCGCGGCGGGGCCACCUAUCCCGCCGGAGUCCUGGAGGUGAGUGAGCGGCGGCUGCAGGAGGGCCUGGCGGCCGUGCGCGCCGAGCUGGGUGCCGGGCUCGAGGCGCUGCGCUCGGAGCUGCGGGCAGAGCUGGACGCCCUUCGCGCGCUGCUGCCGCCCGCGCCGCCGCCCGCCCGCCGCGAAUGCCGGGCCGCCCCCCGCGCGCUGUCCCGCGGCCAGGCCCUGCUGCGGGCGCUUGGCACUGUGAACGCCCUGGCAGCGCCGGCAGUCCCGCGGCCCGCAGACGACGCCCCAGACGGUCCCACUGACGGCGGCGCGCCCGGGGGGCGGGCUCGGAAACCCUUCAAAAAGAUGCCGGUGCCGCCCGGGGGUCCGCAAGGCGGCGAGGACUGAGGGCAGGCCGGGGUGAGGUGCGGGAGGCCUCGGCACUGGCGGAAAAGGGCUCGAGUGCCCUGGGGAGGGAGCGUUGGACAUCUCUCUCUUAGAGUGUGCCUGGGAGUGAGUAGGGUCGCCCGACGCCGCCAGCCAUGGCUCGGGUAUAGGAGGG